AUGGAAGAAAACGCCGACGAGAUCAUCGGCCUCGCAACCGCCUGCGACAGGCGGGCACGCUCCGUGGCCGCACGAGACGCCGGUGGCUGGUCAGGGCUCCCCAUGGACGUCCUCUACCAAGUCAUCUGCCGCCUCCCACCUCCCCUUAACGGCCGCUUCAACCUCAGCCUCGCCGCCGUCUGCCGCCACUGGCACGCCGCCGUGCGGCUAUUGCUACCCAGCGCUCUGCCCAAGCUGUGUCUGGCGGUCCCAGACGGGAUCUUCUUCACCUUCCAGCCCAAAUACCCUGGCUUGAAGUUGAGGACCCAUAUUAACAAUCCCAACUGUCGCUCCUACCGUGGUGCGACCGACAGCCAGCUUCUCCUUGCGACCAACACUUGGGGCGUGUACUGCCCGGUGAACCCUUUCACCGGGACGGAGAGGCUGCUCCCCAUCCCGUCCAUCCACCAGGGGAUCAUCGACGAGGAAGGCUACUUGCGCGAGGAGAUGCCCUUGCGGAAACUGGUGGUCUGCCCUCACAGCGGGCUCGUUGCUGCCAUCCUCGGCCAUGAGUAUUCCGCCAAGGUUGCGCUCUUUGCGCCAGAGUCGGCGGCAUGGUCGUGGUCGGUCGGCACGUGCGACCCAUGGCGCUCGUACGCUGACAUGGUCUUCUUUGAUGGGAAGCUCUACGCGCUUACCCACGACGAGGACCUCCUCGCAUUGGAGGUCAGCUACGACGAGAUCGGUCAGCCAAGGAUCUCUAGCGUUGAGCGCGUCAUUGAAGGGGAUGACGGCGUCUUAAAGGGGUACACUUGGACGCGCUACCUUGUCAUGAGACCAUGCGGCGACGGUUUGCUCAUGGUGCGCCGGAUAUUGCUGGAAUUCUUCGCGACCACAUCAGAGUUUUCAGUGUUCGAGGCAGACCUCCCGUCGUCACGAUGGGUCGAGGUAGACACCCUAGGCGGUGAUGAGGCGCUCUUCGUCAGCAAACUGUCCUCUAGGGCGGUGCGUGCAAGCAGGCAUGGAUUAGGCGGCGAUCAGAUCUUCUUCCUUGACGAUUCCGCUAGAAUGCAACGCCCCAGGGUACUUUCUGCAGGUUCUACCGCCGAUGCAUUCGCCAACGUGUAUGACAUGAAGGACAGGAGAGUUAGCGAGGUUCUGGAGGUGCAACCGUACAGGGAUGGCACAUUGCUUGCGACAUGGCUAUUCUGGGAGGACGCUGAUGUCGAGGAGUGA